AGCCAACAUUAGCCAGGGCGAGGUGUUUUCCUCGUUCUGUAACCGAACCUUGUAUAUGUCUCAGAAUACAGAUGAUUUAAAAUAAAAUAAAAAAAUGCAUUUUAUAAUAACUUAGUUCAGAAUUUCUUUAAAAAAUAAAUAUUUGAUUAAUUAACCUCAGGGGGAGGGGGAUAUUUUGACCAGAUAAACAUAACCGGUUGUUCGUGUGGAAUUCGAAUAGUUAACUGAUCACGGGUAUUACGAAUGAUCAGCAGCUGUCAUUUUUGAUCAUUACCUAAUAUUUACGCCAUGUAAUCUAAAGUCAAAUUUGUAUUGCUGAAUGAUAAAUACACAAUCGAUACAAAGUCCAUAAGAAUCAUGAAGUUUAUAGUUAGUAUGCGUAUAUAAUUAACUGUUUAUGGUCAUACAUUCAUUGGUAUAUUACUAUAUCCAGUACGCGUAUCAGUGACCCGAACAAAACAACGCAGCAAGAUGGUUUACGAAUAUUUAAAAUAUAAAUUUGAUAGGGAUGGUUACGUUGUGAUAAACAAUUUUUUGACCAAAAAAGAAGUCGAAGAUCUUCGAACUGCAGGCGAAAAACUCACGGUAAACCCACCAGUUGAUUCAAAAACCGUAUUUACUACAAAUCAGACUAAAAGGGAGGCGAACAGUUAUUUCAUGGACAGCGCCGACACCAUAGGCUUUUUCUACGAAAAAAACGCACUGGACGAAAACAAACGUCUAUUGGUGGACCCUACGGUGGCCUUGAACAAGGUCGGCCACGCAUUACACAGGCUGCAUCCCGUAUUCGAGGCUUGUACGUACAGCGAAAAAGUGACAAACAUUUGCCGUGCUCUGGGUUUAGUGAGGCCAUUGGUGGUACAAAGCAUGUAUAUAUACAAAAACCCGGGAAUCGGUGGCAAAGUCGAUGAACAUCAGGAUUCAACAUUUCUGUUUACGGAACCUGAUUCAUUAGUUGGGUUCUGGAUAGCGCUUGAUGAUGCCAAAAUAGAAAAUGGUUGCUUGUGGAUAAUACCAGGAUCUCACAAGACUGUUGACUUACAAAAAAGGUUCAUUCGCAACCCAAACAUUUGUGCUGUAGAUGAACCAAUGGUUUUUCAAGGAACUAAUUCAGAAUAUGAUCAGUCUUUAUACGUCCCUGUGGCUGUUGAUAAGUUCUUGUAUUGUUACACGGAAGAGUGGUGCAUAAAAGUGAAAAAAAUAAAUCUCAGUUUUCGCGACAUGCUUAUACAUUUCAUGUGUUUGAUGAAGGAGUUAGUCAGUAUUCUGAACAGAAUUGGUUGCAGACUAAAGUUGGAUUCAAACAACUCUAUGGGCAGAAAAGUCAAAAUAAUUAAAAGUACAUUGUAUUCAAGGAUUGUGUAAUCAGUGACGGUUCAUCCCAAAUAUAGACUCAUAUGUAAUAAUAAAAAAAGGGCUUCUUCAAAUUUUAAUUCAAAAUAUUAUAAUUAUAGUUAUAU